GUGAAUGUCAUAAUGGCUUCUUGCGUAAAAAAAAGACUUUUCCCUACAAAACAAAUAAAACUGAUGUUAACGCAGCGAAGAUAAGAAGACAAGAGUUUUAGUUUAGUUUCUUUUUCAAAGAGUGGAAGUGAAAGCAUCCAAUUGUUCUUUCUUGCCUCCUUUUCCAAAUCUGAGUCUCUCAAGGUAAAAGGGUUAAUUCUCCGACCAAAAUUCAACUUCUUGACAACUAAAAAAGAUGGCAAAUCCAACUUUUUGAAAAUUUGAUUAGCUCUUACAAACAUGGCUCUGCCUUUUAUGCUCACUACUGCUUUGACACUUGCCUGUUUAUUGUCACCUGUGUCACCGGAUGAUCAAGGGGAUGCUCUGUUUGCUCUGAGGAGCUCCUUACGUGCAUCUCCUCAACAGCUAAGUGAUUGGAACCUGAACCAAGUCGAUCCUUGUACUUGGUCUCAAGUUAGUUGUGAUGAACAGAAGCAUGUUGUUUCUCUAACCUUGUCUUACAUGAACUUCUCCUCUGGAACUUUAUCUUCAGGGAUAGGAAUCUUGAAAACUCUCAAAACUCUUACAUUGAAGGGAAAUGGAAUAACUGGUGAAAUACCAGAAACCAUUGGGAAUCUUUCUAGUUUGACAAGCUUGGAUUUAGAGGAUAAUCAUCUAUCUGGUCCCAUACCAUCCUCUUUGGGUAAUCUCAAGAACUUACAGUUCCUGACUCUGAGUAGGAACAAUCUAAAUGGUACUAUCCCUGAUUCACUCACAGGCCUCUCAAAACUGAUUAAUAUUUUGCUUGACUCAAACAAUCUCAGCGGUGAGAUUCCUCAAAGCUUAUUCGAGAUUCCAAAAUACAAUUUCACUGCAAACAACUUGACUUGUGGUGGCAUUUACCCUCACCCUUGCGUAACUGAGUCCAAACCUUCAGGUGAUUCAAGCAAUCCAAAAACCGGAAUCAUAGCUGGAGUUGUUAGCGGAAGCACAGUGAUUCUCCUUGGAUUCUUCUUGUUCUUCUUCUGCAAAGAUAAGCAUAAAGGAUACAGACGAGAAGUGUUUGUAGAUGUUGCAGGUGAAGUGGACAGAAGGAUUGCGUUUGGACAGCUAAGAAGAUUCUCAUGGAGAGAGCUUCAGUUAGCUACAGAUGAGUUCAGUGAACAGAACGUUCUUGGACAAGGAGGCUUUGGGAAAGUAUACAAAGGAGUGCUUUUAGAUGGCACCAAAGUAGCAGUGAAGAGAUUAACUGACUUUGAACGUCCAGGAGGAGACGAAGCUUUCCAGAGAGAAGUUGAAAUGAUAAGUGUAGCUGUUCAUAGGAACCUGCUUCGCCUUAUAGGCUUCUGCACAACGCAAACCGAACGCCUUUUAGUGUAUCCCUUCAUGCAGAAUCUAAGUGUUGCAUAUCGCUUAAGAGAGAUUAAACGAGGGGAAGCAGUUCUUGAUUGGUUCAGGAGGAAACAGAUUGCUCUAGGAGCAGCAAGAGGACUUGAGUAUCUUCAUGAACAUUGCAACCCAAAGAUCAUACAUAGAGAUGUGAAGGCUGCUAAUGUUUUAUUAGAUGAAGAUUUUGAAGCAGUGGUUGGUGAUUUUGGUUUAGCUAAGUUGGUAGAUGUUAGAAGGACUAAUGUGACCACACAGGUCCGUGGAACAAUGGGUCACAUUGCACCUGAAUGUAUAUCCACAGGGAAAUCAUCAGAGAAAACCGAUGUUUUCGGGUAUGGAAUCAUGCUUCUUGAGCUUGUAACAGGACAGAGAGCCAUUGAUUUCUCGCGGUUAGAGGAAGAAGAUGAUGUCUUGUUGUUAGACCAUGUGAAGAAGUUGGAAAGAGAAAAGAGAUUGGGAGAUAUUGUGGAUAAGAAGCUUGAAGAGGAUUACAUUAAGGAAGAAGUAGAGAUGAUGAUACAAGUUGCUUUGUUGUGCACACAAGCAGAACCAGAGGAACGACCAGCUAUGUCUGAAGUUGUGAGGAUGCUUGAAGGAGAAGGGCUUGCAGAGAGAUGGGAAGAAUGGCAGAAUCUUGAAGUCACAAGACAAGAAGAGUUUCAGAGGUUGCAGAGGAGAUUUGAUUGGGGUGAAGAUUCAAUUAAUAAUCAAGACGCCAUUGAAUUAUCUGGUGGAAGAUAGAAUAUAUACUUAUUGAUCAUUUCAAAGCCAAACAGUCUUGUGAGUCAAAUAGUAAAGUAGAUGAGAGAUUGAUUUUUUUAACAUCAGUGAAGUUUUACAUAUAUAAUUAAUGUUUACAGUGUAAUAUGGUUUACAUAUAGAAUGUUAUAGACAACAUGUAUGAGUUAUACAUAAGACCACAUGUACAUUAUAAGACACUAGCACACAUCAUGAAGAACCUCCACAUGUAAAUAAAACAUUAAACAAAUCAUGUCUUGUUCCUUGGAAGCAUAUACAUAUACAUACAUACCUCAAGACUGAAAAGGAAACAUGGAGUCAUCAAAGAGAUGAUCAGGCCAAUCUUCAGGGCCUGUAGCUGCUACUUCUUGCUCAUGGCUUGAAGAAGCCUGGUUCAGAACCAAAUCAUUAGCCAAAGGAGAAGGAUCAUGAGACCAUAUUGGAGAACUGUUUUGACUGAAAUGAGUUUCCUCUAGGGUUUUUAGAGAUGGAAGAUUGUUGUUGAAGUCUUGAAGAAUGUUUAACUCAUUAAGGUUAAUGUUGUUACUAUUACUACUCAUGGGAAGAGGAGGAGGAGGUUGAAGUAAGUAGUUUAGCAACUGGAGCUUAGUCAUCUCAGCUUGGAGAUUAAGUAAACCUUGUUGAUCUUCAAAAGGAACCUGUUGCUGAAGAUCAACAAGUCCUCUAAGGUUAGAGAGUGACAUGAGGUGAGAUAAGGUAGAGAAGAUAUCAUCAGUUCUUGGACGAUGAGUCAUGGGAUCAAAACCCAUUUGAAUCAGCUUCUUCUUUAAAUGAGUGUUCCAGAAAUUCUUGAUCUCAUUAUCUGUUCUUCCUGGUAAGUGGGUUGCA